AGGUGAGUGGCUUCGUAGCCUGAAAACUGGUUGAAAUAUUGUGCUUGAACGCCCAAAUCUCACAGUAAGAGCGUCGAAUUGGAGUCGAGGACCAGCCACUCUUCGGUGUCUCCGGAAAUCGCGAAAACAAGCACUAACCAUGCAGAACGACUCCGGAGAAUGUGUGGAUAUGUACAUCCCCAGGAAGUGCUCUACUUCCAACCGCAUCAUCCACGCCAAGGACCAUGCCUCGAUCCAACUGGACUUGGCUGUUCUCAACGACAAAGGAAUCGCUGUAAUUGAAGACACUAAACGUUUGGUGAUCUGUGGAGCGAUCCGGAGGAUGGGAGAGUCCGACGACUGCGUCAACCGCCUGGCCAAGGACUUCGGGAUGUUGCCGCAAAACCUUUAAUAAAUAAGUUGUUCCU